UACAAAUUAGUUGUGUUAUGCCUAAUAAUAUUUGUACAAUAAGGAUCAUUUUAUGCAACACCGUGAACUUCUGGAACAGACUCUUCAAAACUACUGACGCAAUUUGUAUUUUUUUACGUUUAUCUUUCAUUUCGACUGCUACUGAACAUUACUUUUAAAGAUGUUUGCUGCAAGGCUCUCCGGCUCUUGUGUGCCCUUGACAGCUUUUGUGUCCAGUUUGAGCAAGGGUCAGUCAAUAAAGCCAGUGUUAAGAAGCUACAAUGUCACACGUAUUCAGAGAUAUGCAUCACAGCCCAAAUCUUCUAGAUUUGCCAGAAGACAAAAUGCACAGAGCCAGACAUUCAAGGAAAAAUUGAUGGCUCCCGCAGGAGAAGGAGCUUUCACAGCUGGCAGAGGUCUCCUAAUAGCAGCAUCAGGAGUUGGACUUGGAAUGCUUGCAUUUUAUGGCAUGGGCUUAUCCAAUGAAACAGGCGUCCUAGAAAAUUCUGUAUUGUGGCCUGAAUAUGUACGUGCAAGAGUAAGAGCUACAUACAUGUAUUUCGGAGGAGGUAUUGCCCUUACUGCAGCCUCCGCAGUGGCUGUUAGUAGGAACCCAAAAAUUAUGAGUAUGAUGACAAGAAACUCCUUGCUGGCAAUGGGAGGAACCAUAGCUGCAAUCAUUGGUACAAAUAUAUUGUGUCAUUCAAUCCCAUACAAGCCUGGAUUUGGUGCUAAGCAGCUAGCUUGGAUGGUACAUGCUGGGGUUCUUGGAGCAGUUGUAGCCCCACUGACAUACCUUGGUGGCCCAUUACUUCUACGAGCUGCUUGGCUUACUGCAGGAGUGGUGGGAGGUUUAUCAACUGUAGCUAUGUGUGCACCAAGUGAGAAAUUCUUGAACAUUGGAGGUCCUCUAGCCUGUGGGUUUGGACUUGUUUUUGCUUCUUCCAUUGCUGGAAUGUUCUUGCCACCAACAACAGCCCUCGGUGCAGGCCUGUAUUCUAUCUCAAUUUAUGGUGGUCUUGUGCUCUUUGGAAUGUUCCUCCUUUAUGACACACAGAAAAUAAUGAAAAGAGCUGAAACACAUCCGCCCUAUGCCAUGCAGCCAUAUGACCCUGUAAAUGCAUCUCUUGGAAUAUAUGCAGACACUUUGAACAUUUUCAUAAGAAUUGCCAUGAUAUUAGCUGGUGGUGGUGGCAAGAGGAAAUAAAUGUGAUAACGCAGCCCUGGUGAUUAAGAAACUAUUUGUAGAAAAACAGCACAUUUUACUUAACUAUUUGAUUUGCCCUAACAAGUGGAUUUUAUUUAUUUUGUUUACCAGAAUAGUUUUGUGUAGGGAAG